AUAAAAGUCGUUUCAAUAAAAUUUUAGUUAAUCAUUGUCUCAAAUGCGCGUGUCGACAAUGAAGCUGGACAAACUUUGCCGGUAAAGUUAGUGGCACCUCUCCUUUUAAAUUAUUCACACUUCUCCAUCAAUUCUAAUUCCACCAUAUCGCCACCGCAAAUUCAGAUCAAAAACAGGUAAUGGCUUCUUCUGGGGACUCAUGGAUCCGGGAGUAUAACGAAGGGCUGAAACUCGCGGAUGAUAUCACUAACAUGAUAUCUGAAAGGAGUUCAUUGCCUGCUUCUGGCCCAGAAGCGCAGCGUCAUUCAUCCGCUAUACGGAGGAAGAUCACAAUAUUAGGAACUAGACUUGAUAACUUGCAGUCUAUCCCGUCAAAGCUUCCUGGAAAGCAGCCUUUGACAGACAAAGAGAUGAACCGUCGCAAGGAUAUGCUUGCAAAUUUGAAAUCAAAAGUAAACCAAAUGGCCUCCACUUUGAACAUGUCAAACUUCGCCCAUAGGGACAGCUUGCUUGGACCAGAAAUAAAGCCAGCUGAUGCUACGAGCAGAGCAACAGGUCUUGACAAUUUUGGUGUUGUCGGUCUUCAACGGCAAAUUAUGAAAGAACAAGAUGAGGGCCUUGAGAGUAUGGAGGAGACAGUGAUGAGCACCAAACAUAUAGCGCUGGCAGUUAACGAAGAACUUGGCUUGCAAACAAGACUUAUUGAUGACCUGGAUGAACAUGUUGAUGUUACUGACUCAAGACUUCAGCGAGUGCAGAGAAAGCUUGGAAUUUUGAAUAAACGCACAGAGGGUGGUUGCUCUUGCAUGUGUCUGCUUCUAUCGGUGCUUGGGAUUAUAGCUCUUGCUGUGGCAAUAUAUAUGUUGAUUAAGUAUCUGUAAAUGCAAAAGAACACAAGUGCUUUGGAUUGUAAGGGCAGUGUGUGUAUGAUAACUUUAACAUUUCCUUCUGUGUCCUCCUGUGUAAUUUGUGUUUUCGUGAUUGUGAUCACAUCAGAGUGUUGAUACAGCUUUGAACUCAUUUUUCCGCUUGAUAUGUUUUCAUAUGUAGAAAAAAAAGACACUGAAAGCAUUUUUCCAAGUCGAUUAAUACUAUGUUUGAGUGAAAUUAGUGCGA